AUGACGCCGCCCACUGCUGGAGAUAUCAAGUACCCAGUUCAACAAGCCCAAUGUAAUUGCUGCGAAUUUUAUCCUUCAACGAGAAGCAGUGAAGGUCGUGUAUCCCAGUUCUCUAACUCUCCAGGGACAGCCUUCCGCCAAGUCAAAACUGUGCGGUCCAUAAAAAGACAAUCCGACGUAACAUCCCAGACUAAUCCACCGCCCGUUAAGAGACCAUACUUAACGCAGACAGACGCACAAACCGGACCCCCGAGGCAUAGUGCGAGGUUUCACGUACGACAACUCUCCACAGAUGAAUACACAACAUUCUGGCGUUGGCUAGGAGGAGACAUCGCGGGCCGCCAAGACUGGACGGCAGCCAAAGCCUCUCGAACGUCCGUCAACCUCGCUCUCCGAGCCCAAGGUCGAGUGGUCCUAACUGCCCCUUUCCGUUUAUCAAGGCGACGAUGGCUACCAAGUCAUCGACCAGGAGUCCGCUCAUCAGACCACACCAUCCAAGCCCGAGCAUGGCAAGACGUCGUCCUUGCGGUCCUUGCAUUUGACUGCGUCCUUAGUGUCGUUGGCUGUGAACAUUGUAAGCGGCAGCGGCCACAAAACGCAAGGGCCGCAUCCCGCUCACGCAGCUUCUGA